CGCGGGGGAAGGGCCAGUCUCGCGGGGGAGCUCGUCGGGGGAGGCCGCCGCUCAGCAUGGCCGUGCUGCUGCUGCUGCUGCUGCUGCUGCUGGUCGCCGCCGACGCGGGACGCGCGAAGCCUAGGCACGACGACUUCUCCCUGUGGAUCGACGAGAAACAAGUGCGGGAGUUCAGCGGGUUCCCUAUGGAGAUCUUCGCCAUACUGGACGGCGUGGUGCUUCCGUACAUCCUUGACCCGAACUUCGAGAAAUACCUGCCCGUGAUUCCCUCGGGAGUGCACUCGGUCAACUUCACCUGGAAGGCCGGUGAGAACAAGCACUACUACUACGACUUCGACAUCUUGGAGUCCUUGGAUGGGUCGAUUCUGAAGGACCCUGUGAUAUCUAUUGAGACGAAAGGAAAAGUACCGCGCAAGGCAAAAGUGUUCCAAGUGUUCCUGCCGUGCUGGGGCAACGUCACCGGAACGGCGUCGUUCGGGAUCGGGCUUCGCAUCGAGAACGAGAAGGGGCGCUACUUGAGCGGCACGCCGCUUCGGCUGCGUCUACAGAAGCAAUGCGCCGACAACCGUCCAGACCCCGAAUGUGACCGCAAAUGCGCCAACGGGGGUCGCUGCAACGCCGCGAAGAUCUGCGAGUGUCCGAAGCGAUACAUGGGCCGCUACUGCAGGACAGCGCUGUGCUAUCCACAGUGCAUGAACGGAGGAACGUGCGUGGCCCCAGGCGUCUGCGACUGCGCCGUUGGAUACCAGGGACCGCACUGCGAAGGAGGCAUCUGUGCAGAAAAGUGCCUGAACGGGGGAAAGUGCAUCCAGAAGGAUACCUGCUCUUGCCGGCGUGGAUACUAUGGUCCCCGUUGUGAAUACAGCAAGUGCUCCAUCCCGUGCCUCAACGGCGGCCGCUGUGUUGGCGUCAACCAGUGUCGGUGCACGAGGAGCUUUGUUGGCCCGCAGUGUGCUCAUCGCAUCGACAGCACUGCAGCAGUGCAAAGGGAGCACUGCCAGCGGCGCUGUGUUCAUGGCGUUUGCAUCCGCCACAACCGGUGUCUCUGCGACGAAGGGUUCUUUGGCCGCAGGUGCGCCAGGCGUAGGUAUACCUAGGAGAAAAGAACGUCGGAAGAAGCAGUUUGUCUGAAACCUGCUCAUUUCGAAGAUCAACGCUUGUGUGCCUUGCGAGUUCCAGGGACAACCAACUUGACAGCACUGCCAUGCAACAGGUGGUGGGGCCAACAGAACCGAAGAACCACCUCGAAAAGCCACUCGAUGCAGGCAUUGUGUAGACACGCUGCACUCGUCUUGCGUGCACUCGUGAAAACUAGCAAGUUGUCCUUAUGUCGAUACACGCAAACAAUGGCAUCCACUGCGUAUACUUCAGUGCAGACCACAGAAAAGACAGGGUGGUUUUGUAGUGGUUUCCAGCCAGACAGUCGGCCAAGGCGUUGCACAACAGUGGUG